CGGUUGAAGGAACACCAUACCAGCUAUGGACGGGCAAAUGCCCGGUUCUGUCACACUUAAAGAUUUGGGGCUGUGAGGCUUAUGUCAAACGUCUUUUGACGAAUGGCAAGCUUGACGCCAAGUCUGAUAAGUGUUUCUUCGUGGGAUACCCAAAGGAAACUCGAGGAAGCAGAGUACAUGGCUGCAGCCGAGGCAGCCAAAGAAGGUGUGUGGCUCAAGAAUUUUAUUACUGAGCUUGGAGUGGUUCCUAGCAUCAAGAACCCUAUACCGUUGUUUUGCGACAACAAUGGGGCAAUUGCACAAGCGAAAGAACCUCUGUCUCACCAGAAGACCAAACACAUCGUUAGACGUUAUCACAUCAUACGAGAAAUCGUUGCACGUGGGGACGUUGAGAUUUGCAAGAUAGGUACAGACGACAAUAUCGAGGAUCCGUUGACAAAGGCUUUGGGAAAGCCUAAACACGAGAGUCAUACGUGGUCCAUGGGCAUUCGAGAAAUGCUUGAUUGGCCUUAGGGCAAGUGGGAGAUUGUUGUAUUUAGGUGCCCUAGCGGCAAUCAAAUACCUAUGUAACUGUACACGUUAUCAUGAAUGAAAGGCUUUGAAGUAU